GCUAUGUUGUCAGUCUCAGGAUUAUUAUUGUACACAUCCAAAGUCCUGACACUCUUGCCUGGAACGCCGAAUGGAUGCAGACUUGCAAAUGGGACAAGAAUGUGUUGUUCCGGGUUUUACGAAUGGGAAGGUACAUGUAAGGAAUGUCAUGGGUCAUAUGGAUAUAAUUGUACCAGUCCGUGCCCAUCUGGCUCUUUUGGACCUAGAUGUAGAGAGACUUGCACGUGCUCAGAAGAAGAGUGUGAUGACGUUUUGGGAUGCAUUGUAGAAAAUAUGACGCCAAAAGGAUUAAGACUACUUCACUUACAUGUAAAACCAAUUGAAAAUGUUAUGAUCCUUACCUCUACACCAGACAACGGUAACACAUCACAGUCUACAAACGAGUCUGAGGUCCUGGUUUCUGAGAAUUUGAACAACAAGGUCGGAAUUUGGGGACAAAUAACAAAUCUUAUUAAAACAGAGAUGCAUUGGUUCAUAGUUCUCGUCACCGUGCUUGGUCUUUCCUUUAUCGGAAUUUGCAUCAUCACUUGCAGGAAUAUAGGGAGGAAAAAGAAAACGCAACAGAGUUCGAGGGAACAUAUAAACCAUGUGGUUGGAGAACAUGUAGAAAAUCAUGGGAAUGUAUAUACAGAUAUGCCCAACCAGUCCGUCUAUACCGACAUCAACACUUUAGAUGAAACACCAGAGAAAGAGUAUAUGCAAAGAAGCCAUUUCUUCGGAGGAGAAUCAGAAAGCCAUGAUUAUUGUGGCCUUAGUGUGUAUGCUGAUGUGUCAGACGUUCAAACAAAUGUUUAUACUGAUAUAAAAGGUGCAUCUACAGAAACCACAAAGGGAUGUGGUUAUAUGUUUUUGAACGAUUUGCUUGAGGAUCAGACUGCCUCCCAUGAAUAUGAUGAUUUAAAUGGAAAGUUUUCUACAUUUCUUUCAUAUGAAAAAGAUUCAAGUCAGGAUAAACAUGGUUCAACAGAGCACGUGUAUAUGUACAUUUAAUUUUUUUUUUCUGAGAAUUAACUAAGAAAUUUAAUAUCAAAAAAUAUAUAUUUCCAU